GAUCCCAGUGUUGGCAAACUUGCCUGUUGGUAAAAAUUACAAAGAUCAUCAUUCCUUAGUAUUGACCUACUCGAUUAACACUACACUUACUUCAAAUAGUAACCAGGACGAUAUUGCAGAAAAAAUGGAAUAUAUACUCCACAGGAGAGGACGAUACAGUUCAACAAUUGAUGGACAUGUGUUUUCAAAGAUGUCAAUGAAAGGUCCCAAGAAAGCCUACCCAAAUAUACAGAUAGAAUUUCUUAGAAGUGCAGGAGACAUUGGAGGAGACCCAAAUUCUUUAAUUGACGAGAUAAGACGUGAUCUUCAACCUAGAAGACCUGAUUAUGGAUUUGCAGCACUGAUAUACUCUUUACAUCCAGAGAGUAGAGGAUUUCUGAAGUUAAAGAGUAGGAAUCCAUUGGUUUCGCCGCUGAUAAAUCCAAAUGCAUUCUCGCAACCUAUAGAUGUUUCGAAGUUAAUUUCAGGCAUCCGUCUCGUGCAAAGUUUUGAAAGAACAAAAGCAUGGAAAAGCCUAGAUGCUAGGUUAAUUCGAAUGGAUUCUACAAACCAUUGUGAUAGAUCACCAUUUAACACAGAUGCCCACUGGGACUGUAUAAUCAGACAUUUUGCAGACAACGGAGGGCAUCAAACCGGUACUUGUAGAAUGGGUGCAAAGUCGGACCCAACCACUGUGGUUGACCCUUAUUUGCGGGUAAAAGGAAUACGAAAUUUGAGAGUAGUUGAUGCAUCAGUGAUGAGAAACCUCCCAUCUGGUAACACACACGCCCCGACUGUGAUGAUUGCUGAAAAGGCAGCAGAUCUAAUUAAGGUAAAAGAAAUGCGAAAUUUGAGAGUAGUUGAUGCAUCAGUGAUGAGAAACCUCCCAUCUGGUAACACACAUGCUCCAACAGUGACGAUUGCUGAAACGGCAGCAGAUAUAAUCAAACCGGCACGGACAUUACAAACAUACACAUAA